AUGCUGGAGAUUAAGUUGAAAAACGACGGCUUUGUCGGCAAUGGCAUCACCUGCUAUGACCCCAAGAUCUGCGAAAGCGGCUCCUGCUGUCGUCAAGGUUACCGCUGGUCUUCGAUACUGGGUUGUGUGGAUGUUGAUGAGUGUUCCUUUCCUGACCAGCCCUACGCCCCUCAGGUCUGUGAGAACACCCCUGGGUCCUUCAACUGCCUGGUGCUUUCUGACGAUAACCUCCGCUCAGUCCAGCACACCAGCCCAAACGUGGACCCCCACUCUGUCCAGUUUAUGUGUGGGGACACAGAGUGUCCAGUGGGACAGGACUGUAUCAGUAUUGGUGGAACAUCUCGUUGUGCAGACCACUGCCAGCACUACUCUGUACUGAAUGACGCCUGGCGUGCCACCAACUACAGGGGUAUAGGGAACUGUGACAAGGAUAUCAACUUUCGGGGCUGGUAUCGCAUGUUCCUGGGGGACACCAGUGUUCAGAUGCCAGAGAGGUGUGUGCAAAAGCACACAUGUGGUACCAACAGCCCGAUGUGGCUCACAGAUCCCCACCCCCAGCUGUUGGACGGAGUGGUUCAGCGGGGUGUCUACGUCAACACUAUGGUAUGUGCUACCUGUGGAAGUGAUCAGACUUGUGUGAGUGAGGAUAAGAUCAACUGGAGAUGUGAGAGGAAAGCUCCAGAGCUGGUAUGUGGGCGGAGCCUCCUACAGGUGGGUCUCAGCAGAGCUCAUCUGGAGGCUGCUGGUAUAAACGGUACCCAUGCUCAUCUGGCUGACCGGCGCUGCUCCGCCCACGAGGAUCGUAAUGGCAUGGUGUGGUACCAGGUGGAGCGCAGGGAGGGACACUGUGGAAACACAGUGAAGACAAAUGGCACUCAGGCUGUCUACUCCAACAGCAUAUUUGUUUAUCCAGUAGAUGCACAAAAUGAUUCUCCUCUUAGCUUUCCUUUCUCCUGUAUCUAUCCUCUGGAGAUAGAGAGCAGCCUGGAUGUGCCCGUCAGACCCCAUCUACCAACUGACAAUGCAGUUGUCGGUGCCAAGGCCAGAGCCUCCAUGUUUCUGUAUCGUAACUCCAACUACACAGAGCCUUACCCAGCUGGUCAGGCAGUCACUCUGCUUGUGGGUUCCACCCUGCAUGUGGGCGUGUCCGUAGACAAGUCAGACCCGGAGCUUUUCGUGGACGACUGCUUCACCACGGAAUCCUCCAGCCCUGACAACCUCCUUCGAUACUACAUAAUUCAGGACAGCUGUCCAAGCAAUCGUACCCACGUGACAGUCGAGGAAAGCGCCUCAUCCCUCCAGGCUCGAUUCUCUGCUCUGCUGUCUGGGGGCUACCGUUACGUCUUCCUGAACUGCCGCCUCAGCCUGUGUUACCACAGAAGCUCAUCCUGCUCUCCAGUGUGUUCCAGGAGGAGGUCCCGCUCUGUGGCCAAGUCUGUCUCCCUCAACCCCCUCACCAUCGGGCCAAUCACCUGGGCCCAGAGUCUAGAAUGA